ACGGCACUGUUAUUGCCUUUGAUAACUGAUCACGAAAAAAAAAUCUGGAAGUAUCGCAAGUUUUCGGCAAGUGAUCCGCCGUUAUAAAGGAAGGUUAAAAGACGGCGAUGUUGCACGCGAUCGAGAGGGUCGUCGCGUCAAUCGUCGAGUCCAGUUACAUCGACGUUUCAAUCUGUUAAAUCGAUUAUCGUUGGUGCCCUACUCAUCGUCAACCUUUUCUAAAUAACACGUCAUGUCUGUGCCGAGCUUCGCAGAUCUCGGAAAAAGUGCAAGGGAUGUGUUCACUACUGGUUACCAUUAUGGCAAAAGUCUCAUGAAAUUGACUGGUAAAGCAGGAUCUGGUGGCGUGCAAGUAGACAGUGAUUUGCGAUUGUAUUUCGACGAUUCGAAGUUAAGUGGUGCCGCACACGUAGAAUACAACACGAACGAAUACGGAAUUUUUCGGCAACAAUGGUCAACAGACGGUACCAUGAUGUUAGGAUACACCGUAAAUGGAUUCCCAAUAUCGAGUAUGGGUCUGCUAUCAGAACUCAGCUACAAUCCUGCAACUGUUGCUGGAGCUAUAAAAUGUGGGCUCAAAUGCAACCAAGAAAACGUUAACGCAGUCUGUUCGAUCUCUAGUGACUUCAAUUCGAAUAUAAACGUAUUGGGAUCAAUCGUGACAGCUAUAAAGGGUCUGAUGAUCGGUUAUCAAGGUGGAUAUAGCACGGAAACAAAUAGAAUGACGAAGAAUGACAUCGGCAUGACUUAUCUUUACCAUGACGUCGGAUUACAUUUUCGAUGUGUCUCCAUACCGAACGAAUAUGGACUGUCUCUCUUAUACAAAGUGAACUCGGAUUGGGACGCAGCGAUCAACGGUAUUUUAGCCAGAACUGGCGGAAUGCAGAAAUGGACACUUGGAACCGGUGCGAAAUGCCAGAUCGACGACAGAUCAACGUUUCGAUGUAAAUUCAACACCGACCUUCAACUGGGUAUGAGUAUGCAGCACAGACUCGAUCCACAUGUCCUGCUAACCUUAUCGUUUAACGUCGAUUGUUCUAAUAUGACAAGAGGUGGUCACAAAGUCGGUCUAGCCCUCGAAUUGGAAGGCUAAAUUACAAAUAGGACACUCCUAGUCCUGUUUUCCUUUUGUAAAAAUGCUCUUUGAUAUCUGUACUUUUGGAGUGUAUUUGCUUUUCGUGCAUAUUGUGAACGUUCAUAUCAAAUGUCCAAUAUUGAUA